CUUUUCAGCCAGUGUCGUCUGAUGACUAUUGAUCACCACGUUGUUGCAUGAGUAAAUCGCUAAAAGAAUAUCUUUGUAGCUUUUAAAUUGAAUUUGUUCAGCUUUGCAAUUAUUCCUUAAAUAAGUGAGACGACCAUUACGUGUUUUUCAUUCUGGUGGAGGUUGGUACACUGCCAAAAUGGGUUCUGCUGGUUUAGAAGAAAACGAAAAGUCUCCAACGAAAAAGCAAGCGAACAAAAAAAAUUUCGUCAAGGAAGCAAGUCCUGCCAAGACUGCGCACGAUUGGAGGAAAUAUAGUAAUAGAGAAGUAGUAGGAAGCGAUGGAAUAUCGCCCGUGGAAGUGGAGUUUUACGAUGAUGGAACCGUUACUUUCUUUUGGCGAGCUCAUACUUUGACAGUACUUUUUGUUAUGAUUGCAGCUCUCAUCUAUGUUGCAGUUUUUGAACCUGUAAUAUUAGAUACCCAAUACAACACAAAACGGGGACUUGUUGCCUGUGUUGUAGUAUUCAUUCUUCUAUGUGCUACUGUUACACCAAAUGGGCCAUUCAGGCGGCCUCAUCCUGCUUUAUGGAGAUUUACGUUUAGUUUGAGCAUUGUUUAUGAACUGGUAUUAAUUUUUGUGCUGUUUCAGACAGCUGAUGAUGCCAGGAAACUUUUGAAGCAUUUUGACAACAAAUUGGGGGAACCCUUAGCUGAACGUAGCUAUGGUGGUAGCUGUGUAAUUUAUGAUGAUGCAAUGCCAGAAAAUCCAUGGCAUAAUGUCAUUGACAAAUUUGAUGCUUUUGUCCCUACUCAUUUUUUUGGUUGGUGGUUAAAAACACUGAUUUUAAGAGACUGGUGGUUGUGUACCAUUAUAUCUAUUAUGUUUGAAAUUCUCGAGUACACAUUGGAGCACCAACUUCCCAACUUCAGUGAAUGCUGGUGGGAUCAUUGGAUAAUGGAUGCAUUAUUGUGCAAUGGUUUGGGAAUCAUUAUUGGGAUUCAAACUCUUAAAUAUUUUUCGAUGAAAACUUAUUACUGGCGUGGGCUGUGGAACAUACCCUCCUAUAGGGGUAAGCUCAAGCGAAUGAUCGCUCAAUUCGGUCCUUAUAAUUGGGUUCAAUUUGAAUGGCGUCCGCUUUCUUCGCUUGGAAGGUGGUGUGCUACGUUGGGAAUCAUGUUCAUUUUUUUGCUGACAGAACUGAACACCUUUUACUUAAAGUUUGUAUUGUGGGUUCCACCGGAUCACUGGCUUAAUUUGGUCAGAUUAUUUCUAGUCCUUCUAUGGGGAGCCGUCGCUCUUCGAGAAACCUUUCAAUACUUUGACGAUCCUGACUGUGAAAAUUUCGGUCGUCAGUCCUGGGUUAUCCUCUCGAUUGUCAUUACAGAAUUUUUGAUUGUUGCUCGCUUUGAUUGGGAAACUAUUACUAAACCAUUACCUCGGCAUGUUGUGCUGUUUUGGUCAAUAUUCUUCCUUUUGCUGUUGACCUGGACCGUAUUUAGAUUCUUCAUUGCUCGGGAUCUACAAAAAAAUGCUGAUAGAUGGUUGGAGGAGCAACGACGCCGUCUACUUUGGUUACGAGCCAAAAGCAUAGAGCUUGGUAUUUAUAGCCCAGAGUCGAAUGACCGUUUAGAAAAUCCAGAUGAAGCUGGCCAUCUUGAAUCUCCGACAGAUAACCAGCCACGGUCGAGUCCACUCUCAACGAAACCAAAAAAGCGUAGGGUUAAUAAAGCAGACUAGUUAAAUGAAGGCAAUGGUCAGCCAGUACGCACUCUAAAUUUGUUCGUAUUUCAAUGGACCAAAGCUGUUAACUAAAGACAAAAAGUUCGUGAAAAUUGACAAGUAGAUGGAGAUUAGAUCUUGAUGCUUUUUCAGUUCUGGAGAUUACUAACUAACUCAUUUCACUUAAAAAAGUGUUUCCCUUUUCAUUUUAUUGCUAUACAAAGUGUUGAGUUGUCUA